CUUCCAUUUUCCUCCGCCUCUGGUUGUCAAGAAGAUGGCAGCUUCCAGGCAGGCAUGAGAGGAAAUACUUCUUCACAAAUCGAAUGAAUUUGGAUUAUUGCCUCAAGAUAAGAGCACAUACUAGUGUUUUUGCAUCUACUGCAUCAGAUUAAAAGUCAUGUCUGCCCCUGGUUCCGCGGUGUCUGGGACCACUCCGUCGGUUCUGCAGCCGCGAUGGAAGCGGGUCCUCGGAUGGUCCGGUCCGGUCCCUCGGCCCAGGCACGGACACAGAGCUGUGGCUAUAAAGGAACUGAUGGUUGUUUUUGGAGGUGGAAACGAAGGAAUUGUUGACGAAUUACAUGUAUACAACACAGCGACAAACCAGUGGUUUAUCCCAGCAGUCCGUGGUGAUAUCCCUCCAGGUUGUGCUGCAUAUGGUUUUGUAUGUGAUGGAACACGGUUGCUGGUUUUUGGUGGGAUGGUGGAAUAUGGGAAAUACAGCAAUGAUCUCUAUGAACUACAGGCCAGCAGAUGGGAAUGGAAAAAACUGAAAGCCAAAAAUCCAAAAAACGGCCCACCGCCUUGUCCUCGACUCGGCCACAGCUUUUCGCUCGUUGGCAACAAAUGCUACUUGUUUGGUGGACUGGCCAAUGAUAGUGAAGACCCCAAAAACAACAUUCCCCGAUACCUAAAUGAUUUGUACACACUCGAGCUUCGUCCUGGUUCUAGCGUGGUCGGGUGGGAUAUUCCAAUCACGUAUGGCGUCCUGCCUCCGCCUCGUGAAAGUCACACCGCUGUGGUGUACACAGAAAAGAUGACCAGGAAGUCACGCUUGAUAAUCUAUGGAGGAAUGAGCGGUUGUCGCCUUGGAGAUCUGUGGACGCUUGACAUAGACACCCUGACUUGGAACAAACCUUCAGUAGGCGGUACGGCACCUCUUCCACGAAGUCUUCACUCUGCCACCACAAUCACAAACAAGAUGUACGUUUUUGGCGGAUGGGUUCCAUUGGUAAUGGAUGACGUCAAAGUGGCCACGCAUGAGAAAGAAUGGAAAUGCACAAACACACUCGCUUGCCUAAAUCUCGACUCCAUGUGUUGGGAAACAGUGUUGAUGGAUACCCUGGAGGAUAACAUCCCCAGGGCCCGUGCUGGCCACUGUGCCGUGGCCAUCAAUUCCAGACUGUAUGUCUGGAGCGGUCGUGACGGUUAUCGGAAAGCGUGGAACAACCAAGUGUGCUGUAAAGACCUUUGGUACCUGGAAACAGAGCGACCCCACGCUCCCGCCAGGGUCCAGUUAGUCCGUGCCAACACAAACUCUCUGGAGGUGAGCUGGGGUGCAGUGUCCACCGCCGACACGUACCUGCUGCAGCUGCAGAAGUACGACAUCCCCGCGACCCCGGCAGUAGCCUCGCCAGCCACGAGUGCAACGCCUUCGCAACCUGUCAACUCUCCAAAGAGCCCUGCACUGGCUGCUGCAGCACCCUCCGCGCAGAGUUUACAACAGACAGCUGUUUUAAAGGUUGCAGCUCAGCAGGCUGCCACAGGCGCAUCUGUUGUCACAGUUCGCCCGAGCCAGCCAGGGAAAUCCCCCGUCACCGUGACGUCCCUUCCUCCAGGUGUUCGAAUGGUAGUGCCUACUCAAACCACCCAAGGAUCGCCAAUUGGAAGCAGCCCUCAGAUGAGUGGCAUGGCAGCUUUAGCUGCUGCAGCUGCAGCCACACAGAAGAUCCCACCCUCUUCAGGAGGCACCGUUCUCAAUGUUCCCGCCGGUGCCACCAUCCUCAAAACAGUGGCUGUCUCCCCAGGCACCACCACAGUGAAAGUGGCUUCUCCUGUAAUGGUCAGUAACCCAGCCACCCGCAUGCUGAAGACGGCCGCGGCCCAGGUGGGCACGGCAACCGCGUCCUCUCCCACCACCACCAGACCGAUCAUCACUGUGCACAAGUCCGGGGCUGUCACAGUGGCUCAGCAGGCCCAGGUGGUCACCACUGUGGUGGGAGGAGUCACCAAGACCAUCACCCUGGUCAAGAGUCCUCUCACCAUGGGCAGCAGCGGUACUUUGAUCUCCAACCUUGGCAAGAUGAUGUCUGUGGUGCAAACCAAGCCAGUGCAGACAUCAGCUGUCACAGGCCAGGCUUCCACUAACCCUCUCACACAGAUCAUACAGACAAAGGGUCCCCUCCCAGCCGGUACCAUCCUGAAACUGGUGACUUCUGCAGACGGCAAGCCCACAACAAUCAUCACAACGUCCCAGGCCGGAGUCACAGGAAACAAGCCCACGAUCCUCAACAUAAGUGGCGUCUCACCUACUACUACCAAGCAGGGAACCACCAUCAUUAAAACCAUCCCCAUGUCGGCCAUCAUGACCCAGCCUGGAGCCACAGGCGUGACGAGCAGUGCAGGCAUGAAAACACCAAUAACGAUCCUUACCACCAAGGUAAUGACCACUGGAACGCCUGGUAAAAUUAUUACUGCUGUGCCCAAACUGUCCACUGCAGCUGGACAGCAGGGACUGACGCAGGUGGUAUUAAAGGGCGCUCCAGGACAGCCGGGCACUAUUUUGCGUACCUUGCCCAUGAGCACAGUAGGCGGUGUUCGUCUCGUUACGCCAGUGACGGUCUCCUCUGUUAAGCCCACGGUUACUACGCUGGUUGUCAAAGGAACUACUGGAGUCACCACUCUUGGGACCGUCACUGGGACGGUGUCCACAAGCUUGGCAGGAGCCACGGCUGACAGCUCCAGUGCCUCCCUGGUGACGCCGAUCACCACGCUGGCGAACAUCGCUACACUGUCCAGCCAGGUGAUCAACACAGGCGCCAUCACGGUCUCGGCUGCUCAGACCAGUCUGACUUCUACUUCGACUCUGCCCUCCUCUACAAUGACAGUGCAGAACCAGCCCACCCAGGUUACCCUGAUCACAACCCCCAGUGGUGUUGAAGCCCAGCCAGUCCAGGAUCUUCCUGUGUCCAUUCUGGCUUCUCCGACCUCUGAACAGCCCAGCUCCACUGAGGCAGGAGCAACUGGAGACGGUUCUGGUACAGUCACCCUGGUCUGCUCCAACCCGCCCUGCGAGACCCACGAUACAGGAACUACCAACACUGCCACCACUUCCUCCGCUACAAUCGGAGCCGGACAGGUCUGCUCCAACCCGCCCUGCGAGACCCACGAGACAGGAACCACCAACACGGCAACGACUUCCUCUGCUACAAUCGGAGCCGGACAGGUCUGCUCCAACCCACCCUGCGAGACCCACGAGACUGGAACCACCAACACGGCCACGACGGCGUCUUCGAACAUGUCCACAUUACGCAUGUGCUCCAACCCGCCCUGCGAGACCCAUGAAACGGGGACGACAAACACGGCCACAACAGCGACCUCCAACAUGGGAGGGACCCAACAGGUGUGUUCAAAUCCCCCCUGCGAGACCCACGUGACGGGCACCACCAACACAGCAACACAAGCUUCCUCCAGCAUGAACGCCGGCGAGACGGGCACCGUGCAGAGCUCUCAAUCAAAUCCACCCAGCGAAACUCACGAAUCAGGGACCAGCGACAGUCCGUCCGCAUCCACCUCCAGCGUAGGGGAGGACCAGAGCAGCACAGCAACGGGCCAGAUCCAGAGGGUCUGCUCCAACCCGCCGUAUGAAACGCAUGAGACUGGGACCACCAACACCGCCACUACUGCUACCUGCAACAUGGAGACCGGUGAAGGCACAGCCGCCCAGCAGACAGAGGAAGGAGCAGAAGGAACAAGCACCACAGAGGAAGCUGCUACCACUGCAGCUACUAGCGUAGCUACAACCACCCAAGGCAGAGCCAUCACCACGGUCACUCAGUCCACACCGGCCCCUGGGCCCUCAGUACCGUCAAUUUCCUCAAUCACAGAAGGAGUAAGCACUGCAGCCAGCAGCACGGAGGAGCCGAUGCAGACUGAAGAACCUGCAUCAGCAGAAGCUGCACCUGCUGAGGAGCCUGCUGCAGCCAUGGAGACACAAGCAGAAGGAGAAGCAGCAACUGCAACGGCCUUGAACCUGCCCUCGGAGCUGAUGUCUGAGGCCCAGGGGACCACGCUGAUGGUGACGGGGCUGUCGGACGAAGAGCUGGCCGUGACCGCCGCCGCCGAGGCUGCUGCCCAGGCUGCAGCCACAGAGGAGGCCCAGGCCCUCGCCAUCCAGGCUGUCCUGCAGGCAGCGCAGCAAGCCGUAAUGAAUGAAGGCGACGGUUCUGGGGAAAGCCAGCAGCCCACCAACAUCCCCAUCAUGCUGACCCAGCAGGAGCUAGCCGCACUGGUUCAGCAGCAGCAGCAACUACAGGAAGCUCAGGCCGCCGCGCAGCAGGCCUCCGUGGACACCAGCAUGCCUACCGAGGGCCUCGCCCCCGCCGACAGCCUCAACGACCCGUCAGUCGAAAGCAAUGGGCACAACGAAAUGGCUGCCUCGGUCACCAGCGCCGUGGCAUCCCUUCUACCACGUACCACUGCUGAGACUCUGGCUCCAUCAAGUACGUUUGCGGCGUCUAUAUCAGUAGCAAGUCCGGCCAAGCUGCAGGCGGCAGCCACUCUCGCAGAGGUGGCCAAUGGCAUCGAGGGAGAGAAACAAGCCCCUCAGCCCGCUCCAGUGAAGCCUGUUGUUAAAAAGGAGAACCAGUGGUUUGAUGUCGGGAUCGUAAAAGUGACGAAUAUGGUCGUCACUCACUUCCAUGUGCCAGGGGAUGAUUCUCAAGGAGAUGACGACUCUGGCGCCGUACCGGACUACGGUCAGAUGAAGAAGAUGGAGCUGCAGCCCGGCACGGCGUAUAAGUUCCGCGUGGCGGGGAUCAACGCCUGCGGGCGUGGAACGUUCUCUGAGAUUUCUGCUUUCAAGACCUGCCUACCCGGAUUCCCAGGAGCCCCGUGUGCCAUCAAAAUUAGCAAGAGCCCAGAUGGCGCCCACCUGACCUGGGAGCCGCCUUCGGUCACGUCAGGGAAAAUCAUAGAGUACUCUGUGUACCUGGCCAUCCAGAGCAGCCAGACGGCUGAGGCCAAGGCCUCCACCCCGGCCCAGCUAGCCUUCAUGCGAGUGUACUGCGGACCCAACCCCUCGUGCUUGGUGCAGUCGUCCAGCCUCUCAAACGCUCACAUCGACUACACGACUAAACCAGCCAUCAUCUUCCGCAUCGCCGCCCGCAACGAGAAGGGCUACGGUCCCGCCACUCAAGUUCGAUGGCUACAGGAAUCUGGUAAAGACGCCACUUCUGCAAAACCUGCCCCCAAAAGACCCGGCACCUCUCCUGAUACCAAGACUACUGGUCCAAAGAAAGCAAGGACGGACCAGUGAGGUUGCCCAGAGUCCCCUCCCAGUCUUUUUGUCUUUUUUUUUUUUCCCACUGUCCUUUUUAUCAGGAAGACUGACAUUCACUCAUCCUCCUCCUCAUCUCCCCCAACCCCGUCUCAGAUCAAAAUGGUGGCAGAAGCCCAGAUGAAAGUCAAUCUGAGACACAUUUCUGUAGAUAAACCCUCUGCCCCCUUUACUCCUCCUCCUUGUUCAGUUGGUCGUAAUAUUUUUAGAGCAACUCAAACCUAGAAGCACAUUCUCUUUUUUCAGCCACAUCCCCUUCCUUCGUUUUAACAUCUAUUUUUGCUUCUUUUUUUUUUCCCAAAUAGUUGAACAUUAUAGAAACAUUUACACCUUUUCACAAACUGGGAGCCAGGCUGAGCGCUAUGUUACCUAAUAUUUUUUUUCUUCUGUGUUUUGUGAAUUCUGGGGGGGGAGGUGUAGAAAGAGACUACAUAAAAUGUUGUACAGUGUUUGGAAGAAAAAAAAAAAAUGUUUGUGGAGGCAUUCAGUUUAGACGAAAGGAAAAAAUCGGUAUGGAAACAAAUAAAGCACUUGUCCUCCACAAACGAGGACAUCUUUUUCUGUUUUUGGCUUCAACACAAUUUGCUUCAUAGAGAACCAAGUCUGUCCAGUCAUCGUACUGGACUCCAGCCUCCUGGUAAAUAUCAUCACUGUGCGCUUUUUAUCCCCCCUUUCCUCCCUCCCUCCCUGUCCCCCCCCCCCGAGAUACGAGGAGUGGUGACCGGCACGUUGGAACGGACGAAGGAAAAAGGAAAAAAAAAAAAAAAAACGGCAAAGGAAGAGAUUUGUAGAAAAGGAAUGAUGGACUUUGCUAGGACAGAGACUGGCAGCACACACACACACACACGUUUCAAGAAAAACUUCCAAAAAAACAAAAGAAAAAAAAAACCUUUUCCCAAAAAAUUAGCAAUGAUGCAGAAAAAAAAAAAACUCUUGUGUAGUUUAUUUUUGUAUUUUUAAGCUUCUUUUUCCUCCUGUGUGUAUGUGUAAUUGUGUGCAUUUUAAGAGAGAAAAAAAACACAUCGCUUUUUUUUAAAAACUGUUCGACCCCGCUCCCCCCCCUCCCCUCUUGUAGUUUGUGUUCGUGGGAAGAUGGCUGGCUGCGUUCAGGUUGCCACUAUAUUUUUAAAAACCAUUCAGGUGGUUCGUGUCGUUCCUGUUGACGGACGACGAUGAAAGACGAGACUUUUGUAUUUGUUCCAAGUAGAACCGCAGAGGUUGUAGGACUGAAGGGAACCUUGAAGUGGACCCAGAGAGAGGAGUUAUUUUAUUUUUUACUUUGUUUACUCUUGAUGCUUGUGUUGCUUUGUUUGCCAAACAUAAAUUUUCCCAGGUUGGAAGGGAGGGGGGAAAAAAAAAAAUCGGUGUCCCAUCUUUCCCGACUUUUCCUCCCCAUGCCCGGUCGGUUGUUGCUUCUUCUGCUCAUGAAUCUUUAAUUUUGUAGAAUGGCUACAUAUAUUCCGUAGACCCAUCCCCCUCCCAACCCGCGACACCUUUAUUAAUGUCUGUGAAUCAACUGAAUAAAUUUUAAUUUGUUUUUUCCCCUUCUCCAAGGCUCUGUAUUUCAGACCACAGAUGGUGUGCUAAGCUACCUGUUUCUUGUCUUUGAAUGGGAAGGCCGCUUACAGCCGGAGUGUUACUCACUUGUAAAUUAGUUCGUUCAUAGAGGAAGAAUAAAACAAAACACACACACA